CAGCGCGUGCGAGGGCAGCGUGCACGACAGCCCGCUGGAGUUCAAGGACAUCAUGCCGGACAACCCGCGCGACUACGACAAAAUGGCUCCCCCGAAGGGCGGCAACGAGCCCACCACCGUCUUCUUCCACGUCACCGUCAUGAGCCUCGACUCCAUCGACGAAAGCUCCAUGACCUACGCCGCGGACAUCUUCUUUGCCCAAAGCUGGAAGGACUGGCGUCUGCGUCUUCCCGAUAACAUGACCCACGACUACCGGCUGUUGCCGGUCAAUUGGCUCAAGGAUAUUUGGCGGCCGGAUUCUUUCUUCAAGAAUGCGAAGCAAGUGACCUUCCAGGAAAUGACUAUCCCUAAUCACUACAUCUGGCUCUAUCAAGAUAAUACCAUUCUCUAUAUGGUCAAGCUGACUCUGGUGUUGUCAUGUGCGAUGAACUUCCAGAUUUACCCUCACGACACUCAGGAGUGCCAUAUGAAGAUUGAGAGUCUAUCACACACGACGGAUGACUUGGUCUUCAUGUGGGACCCAAACGUGCCUCUCGAAGUGGAUCGGAAUAUCGAACUUCCACAACUCGAUUUGGUAAAGAAAUACACCGGCGAUUGUACGCAAGUUUACUCAACAGGGAACUUCACCUGUCUGGAGAUCGUGUUCACCUUCAAGCGCCGACUCGGCUACUAUCUCUUCCACACGUACGUCCCGACCUGCCUCAUCGUCAUCAUGUCCUGGAUCAGCUUCUGGAUCCGGCCGGAGGCGGUGCCGGCGCGGGUCACAUUGGGGGUCACGUCGCUCCUCACGCUCUCCACGCAGCACGCCAAUUCGCAGAAGGCGCUGCCGCCGGUGUCCUAUAUUAAGGCCAUAGACGUGUUUAUGUCCUCGUGCACGGUGUUCGUGUUCUUCUCCCUGAUGGAGUACGCGCUCGUCAACGUGGUCUUGGGCGACGUGCCGGAGGAGUACAAGAAGACGAGGCCGAGGACGCUUAUGCACUUGCCCAACAAACAGUUGGAGGCCAUCACCACUAUCACCUCCCCCCUGGCCUCGCCUGCCAACGGUCUCUCUCCGCUGGAGAUGAUGGCCUCCAGCUCUUGUCCGGCACACCUCUCUCCUGCUCCGCACAUCACGACCACCCACAUGGUCAACGGACCUGUCUUCCACCACGGUAUGCAGCACGCAACUCAGCAUAGCACUAUCCAGCACAGUGUUAACUUCGGCCUGCCUCCUCCUCCGCCGCCGCCGCCACUAGGAAACGUAAAAGCUAAUCAGGGACACACGCGACGUCGAGAGAAGGCCAUCCUGAUCGACCGCGUGUCCCGCAUCCUGUUCCCGAUGUCCUUCACUGUCCUUAACGUCAUCUACUGGAGCGUCUUCGUCGUCAAGUGGUUCUGAGGGCGUGCGGGCCACGACACUGAACUGCCAUGAAGAGACGGGCUCGCGCUUGGGACGACGCAAGCAACAGCUCGUUUGAUGGUUGUCAUGUAGUGGCUGGCCAAGCUGUCCUCGCAACGAUCUCUCAGAAAUCACGGAUGCGAUACGAAACUAAGUACGAAUGAAGGAAAUAUGAUUAUGAUUAUAAAACAGCCAUUGGCAAUGAAAUGAAAAAUUAUCACGUCCCACCACUUUUGUAGUUAGGAUACGUUACGAAUGUCACGUUAGUUUUGGCAGUGUGGCCGAUAUGAACAGAAAGAAAGAAAUAUGUGGUGUUGAAUCAAAGACACAUGCCAAUGGGAUCCUGUACACGUGGUGUUAUAAUUUAUAUGAAAAAAAAAACAAAGGCAGUCGCCGUAAUCCAUCUACCCCAACCAAGUCUUCUGAGAAACCCUGAAAGAUAUAUUUCUGUUACUUAAACCUAGAUAACGAAGGAUGGUACAACUCUUUCCUUACAUAUAUAUUUAGGCUCCCUGCCCUCCAUAGUUUUCAUGUGCUCUAACAAUUCACAAUUUUAAUAUACUUUCACAACUCAUUUUACACUUCGUCUCAUCACUUUGGCUCUUUCAAAAUCCGACUUUUCCCGCCUUAGACUACUUUACAUCACAUUUUUUUGUGCCUCUGCGUCUCUUGGAUUGCUCCGUCACUACCUUAGCUUCUGCCUGAUGGCAUU